UAAGCGUGAUCCAUGACCCAUGACCCAUGAUUGAUCCGAUACGAAACAGGGAAGCCACAUGUAUGCGGUGUGCACGCAUGAUCGAUCGCCUCGCCGGCGGUUGCAAGCUUAUAAGUAGUAGAGAAGACAUGUUAAGCUUCUGUGCAGUCGGAACUAAUUCAGUUGCAAGGUCUGGCUAAGCAGGCAGCGUCUUGGUGAGAGACGAUGGAGGAGAAGGCGAUGCUGUUCUUGCUGCUGAGCUUGUGCAUCUCUCUGCUAAAGAUCUCGGUGGCUCAGCAGUGGACAGCGGCCACCGCGACGUUCUAUGGCGGCAGCGACGCGUCCGGCACCAUGGGCGGGUCGUGCGGGUACGGCAACAUGUACAGCGCCGGGUACGGGACGCAGACGACGGCGCUGAGCACGGCGCUCUACGGCGACGGGGCCUCCUGCGGCGCCUGCUACCUCGUCACCUGCGACGCCACGCAGACGCAGUGGUGCAAGCAGGGGACGUCCGUCACCGUCACGGCCACCAACUUCUGCCCGCCCAACUACAGCGACGACGGCGGCUGGUGCAACCCUCCCCGGCAGCACUUCGACAUGUCGCAGCCAGCGUGGGAGACCAUCGCCGUGUACCAGGCCGGCAUCGUCCCCGUAAGGUACACGAGGACGCCGUGCCGGAAGAGCGGCGGCAUACGGUUCGGCAUCAACGGGCACGACUACUUCGACCUCGUGCUCGUCACCAACGUCGGCGGCGCCGGCGCGGUGGCCGCGGUGUGGAUAAAGGGCUCCGGCACGGACUGGCUGACGAUGAGCCGGAACUGGGGGGAGAACUGGCAGAGCGGCGCCUACCUCACAGGGCAGAGCUUGUCGUUCAGGGUGCAGACGGACGACGGCAAGGUCGUGACGGCGUACGACGCGGCGCCGGCGGAUUGGCAGUUCGGCAGCACCUACGAGUCCUCGGUGAACUUCUACUAGAGACUAGGCGCCAUAGCCGAUCGGGUGGCAACUAGCUGGGCCGAUUGGCCUCACUUCAGAUCCAUGAGUUGAAAAAGAGGCCGAGGAGACAACUGUUUGGGCCAUAUUAACAACCCAUAAGUUUGGGGAGAAAAAAAAUCCUUAUGUACAUAUUAUCUCAUUUUCUUUCAUGUUCUUGUAAGAAAACUUUCAUAUCGAUGUUUUACGAAUUUCACGGUGACUGAGUUUGGUACAGUAAAGUUACUUCGUUAG